AUGAACUCUAGUGGGACAACAACGUUCGACUCCACCGCGUUCUCCCCGACGUGGGUGAGCCGUCCGGCAUGGCACGUCGUCGUGGCCUUGGUGGUCGCGUACGGAGCUUCACUGCUUGUGUACAACUUGUACUUCCAUCCUCUGGCCGAAUACCCUGGGCCAUGGCUCGGUCGCGCAUCGCUGCUAUGGCGUUUCAUCCACACGACCACGGGUCGCAUCCAUCUCGAUGUUGAGAAGCUUCAUCGCAAGUAUGGCCCCGUCGUGCGCGUCUCCCCCAACGAGCUCUCGUUCGGCUCGACCGAGUCCUGGAAAGCCGUCUAUGGCCACUCCAACGCCGAGCGCCCGACCCCGGUGAAGGCGCCGUUCUACGAGAUCUUUGGCGCGGGCUUCAAGAGCCUGUGCAUCGGCAGCGAGCGCGACCCCAAGCGCCACGGCGAAAUGCGCAAGAUGCUGUCGUCCGCCUUCUCGCAGCGGUCGCUGCUCGACCAGGAGCACAUCGUGAGCCAAAAGAUUGACGACUUCGUCAACAUCAUCGGCCAGAAGGGCGGGCCGGGCUCGGAGGGCAUCAACAUGACCAAGUGGUACGAGAUGGUCUCGUUCGACAUCCUCGGAGAGAUGGCCUUUGGCGAGUCCUUUCACAGUCUGGAAGACGGGAAACCGCACUUUUGGUCCGAUAUGAUCGAAGAGCACCUUUACUUCAUCACCCUCAUCGAUAACCUGAGCCGUCUGGGGAUUGCCCGACUUUUGAAGACAUUGAUACCCUCCAUGCUUCUAGUGCAGAACAAGAACUCCCAGUACAGUCGAGAAAAAGUAGACAGGAUCUUGGAGCAUGACAAUCCUCGCAAGGACUUCAUCAGCUUGCUCGUGGAUAGAGUCCGGGAGGGCACCGUCGACAAGGAAGAGAUGACGGCGCAUGUUUCCACACUGACCGUCGCGGGAGGCGAAACAGUCUCGACCUUCCUCGCGGGAACGACGUCUUUCCUGCUGCAGCAUCCUGAUACCCUGAGCCGGCUCCAAGAAGAGAUCCGCGGCGCGUUCCCCUCGUACGAGUCGAUCACUGCGCAGAAAGCCCAGCAGUUGCCCUACCUGCAGGCCGUCAUCAACGAGGGUCUGCGGCUCUACCCUCCCGGCUCCCAGGGCUUUCCGCGCGUGUCCCCCGGAUUCCAGAUUCACGGCCGUUAUGUUCCGGCGGGGACGGAGAUAUACACCAGCGCGUGGGCGGUCACCCACGACCCCGACAACUUCAGCGACCCCAUGUCGUUCAAGCCGGAGAGGUGGCUCGACCCGGACAGCAAGGACGUCAAGGAGGCCAGCCAGCCCUUCUCCCUGGGGCCGCGAGGCUGCCUCGGCAGGAACUUUGCGUACAUGGAAGUCAAUCUCAUCUUGGCCAAGAUGCUUCAGAAGUACGAUCUCGAGCUUGUCAACAGAGACGUUGACUUUAUUGGCGAGGGCCGCGUGUUUGUGAUGUGGUGGAAGCCGACGCUGACGGUCAAAUUUCACGAAAGGUCCACGCUCUGA